CCCCCGCCUGGAGCUUCCGUGCGCGGAACCUGAGGUCGGUUACGGCGGGGCGCCCGGGGCUCCGGGCCGGGGUGUUCCUCCGGCCAGCUUGGGGAUUUGGUUGGCCCCCCGGCUGGGGCUCCCACGGAAAGGUCUCCUGUUAGCGGCACACUUGCGGGCACCUCCAGGACUAGCCGGCAGAGACCUUGAUGAGCAGCAACAGCAAUAAAAGAGCUCCGACAACAGCGACCCAGCGGCUGAAACAGGACUAUCUUCGGAUCAAGAAGGACCCGGUGCCUUACAUCUGUGCUGAGCCCCUCCCUUCCAACAUUCUUGAAUGGCACUAUGUGGUCCGAGGCCCAGAGAUGACUCCUUAUGAAGGUGGCUAUUACCACGGGAAACUAGUUUUCCCCAGAGAAUUUCCUUUUAAACCUCCUAGUAUUUAUAUGAUAACACCCAAUGGAAGAUUUAAGUGCAACACAAGGCUGUGUCUUUCCAUCACGGAUUUCCACCCAGACACGUGGAACCCAGCCUGGUCCGUCUCCACCAUCCUGACCGGGCUCCUUAGCUUCAUGGUGGAGAAGGGCCCCACCCUGGGCAGUAUAGAGACGUCGGAUUUCACGAAAAGACAGCUGGCUGCACAAAGUUUAGUGUUUAAUUUAAAAGACAAGGUCUUCUGUGAAUUAUUCCCCGAAGUCGUGGAGGAAAUUAAACAAAAACAAAAAGCUCAAGAUGAACUCAGUAGCCGACCCCAGGCUCUCCCCUUACCGGAUGUGGUUCCAGACGGGGAAACACACCACGGUCAGAACGGGCUUCAGCUCCUCAACGGGCACGCGCCAGGGGCCGGGCCGCACCUCGCAGGCCUCCAGCAGGCCAACCGGCACCACGGACUCCUGGGCGGCGCCCUGGCGAACUUAUUUGUUAUAGUUGGGUUUGCAGCCUUUGCCUACACGGUCAAGUACGUGCUGAGAAGCAUAGCGCAGGAGUGAGCCCUGCGCCGCAGCCAGCGGAGGUGGUCAGAACCGAGGGCACUGCGCCCGAGCUUGCCAUGCACUGGCUGGACGCGCCACCGCACGCAGGGUGGACCUGCCUGACUCCUGGGGUUAGCUUUUUAAAAACCUUUAAAAGGAAAACAAAAACCAAAGCGUGUAAUUUGGAUUUAGAGGAGAUGCAAGAUUCUCCGCUCCCUGUCCUCGCCCUGGGGUCUGUUGGGGACCAUGGAACUUGGGUGUUGAGGUGGGACCUCAUGCUUUGGUUUUAUAGCUUAAUCUCCUGUAUCGUCUUUCGGACCUGUUUUAGUAAACCUGUUUUUCAUUUUACUAGAUUUGGUCACUUAAAAAUACAAAACUCGAUUAUCAAA